AAUAAUGGCGGGACAACUGGUCGUUAUUGAGAGCGAGAUUCAAAAAUCCGCCAUUGAAGACCUGCAGUGGGAGGUUCAUUAUUCACGAUUCUUCAAUUAUCCUCCUCUUUCCUCUUCUCACGCCUCUCUCUCCUCAUACGGAGAUGUCCAUAGGCGUCGCCACUUGGGAAACUGGAUCUCUUCGUCUUCCACGGCCUUACUCGCACUAAACACUCGACCUUCCAAUUCCGAACUUGUUCUCACCAUCACAUUACGCAGCGAGAUCCUUGAAGAGCAUUACAUCCACACACUACAUUUCUCUUGGCCUCAUGUUUCAUGUAUGUCUGGAUUUGCUUCUAGAGGUAGCAGAGUUCUUAUAGUAAGCUUCAAAGAUUGUAUUGGUCAGCUUCAGAAGUUUGCCUUGCGGUUUUUGCUGAGUUCUGAAGUAGAAUCAUUUAUGAACACUUUGAAGGAAAAAAUUCAUUGUGUCGUUCCUUUAUCCAAGAUUGAUCCAGAGAUUUCGUCUCAGUCUGAGUGUAUUCCUUCUAUUGAGAGUCUUUACAGGCCUAAGGAAGACUGGCAUUUUACGACUUCUGUUGAUACUAUUGAGACCAGUACUCAUCCGAAACAAUUAAACUCGAAUUCUGAAGCUUCCCAGAAUAACUCCCCUUGUAUCUUAAGCCCUGAUGCUGAAGGACUAUUUGGAGAAAUGCCUCCAAGCUUCACUUCAUUAUUGAUGAGUUGUCACCUCCCGAUUGUACAAGCUGAAGCACAACCAACUGGAUCAUCUAAUGAUCUCCGACAUCAGAUUAAGAAAUAUUUGGGAGAGUCUUCCUUCCAAGAUAUAUUGAGCCAAGUGGAGAAGGUAAUGCAUGAAAUAGGAGAUGAUUUUUUACUGUAAGUUGCUUUUUAUGUAUUCAGAUAUCAACUGUUAGGUUUACAGAGUUUACAUAAAUGAAACAAUAUUUUUUUUCAUAUUUUCUUGGUUUGUG